AUGUCAUCGGCCGCGACACAAACUUUUUCUGCGCCUGCAGAGGUUCACACCUUUGAUGGCCUUCUUUCUGACUUCGAUGGCACAAUCGUCGACUCUACGGAUGCCAUUGUGAAGCACUGGCACCAAAUCGGCGCCGAACUGGGCGUGGACCCCAAGACCAUCCUAGCAACCUCGCACGGCCGCCGCAGCAUUGACGUGAUGGGAGUAUACGACAAGAGCAAGGCCAAUUGGGAAUACGUAAGCUACAUCGAAGGGCGUAUCCCGCAAGAAUACGGCUCCGACGCCGUCGAAAUCCCCGGUAGCCGGGAUCUGCUCGAUGCGCUGGACAGCUCCGCCGCCAAAUGGGGCGUCGUGACGUCCGGCACGCGCGCCCUGGUUGAUGGCUGGCUAGGCGUACUGGGCCUCACGCACCCGACGCACCUCGUCGUCGCCGAGGACGUCGAGGUGGGCAAGCCCGACCCACGGUGCUACCAGCUGGGCGCGAAGAAGAUCGGGCUAGAGGGCUCUCAUAACAUCGUGGUGCUGGAGGAUGCCCCGAGCGGGAUCAGGGCCGGCAAGGCAGCGGGGUACAAGGUGAUUGCACUGGCGACGACGCACUCGCUUGAGAAAAUCCGGGAGGCGGGGCCGGACUGGAUCGUCGAGGAUUUGCGGAGUGUUUCGGUGAAGGGCGUUGUGGAUGGACGGGUUCAGAUUGAGAUUCGGAACGCCCUGCAAUAG